AUUUUGUGCGGAUCCUAAUGUCAAAGGUCACAAUGGCUGCGCCCAUGUCCACCCAUUGACCUAAACUGUAAACAGAGCAAUAUAGAUAGUUCGACAGCAGACGGUGUUGCUAAAAAAUGACAUAGGUUAUAUUUUGUCAAACAAUGCUGGAUGUCUGUAUUGCUGUCCUGUGUGGAAUUCCGGGGAGUGGAAAAUCUACUUUUGCAAAAAGCCUUAUAAGGAAUCAAACAAUUAACACAGCAGGGAGUGGACAAGAACAGGAGAAAAAUGCAGAGUCCUUCGAUUGGAUGUUGGUAUCAUAUGAUGAUAUAAUUCCUUCAGAUACAGAGAAACAUAUAAUUGAAAAAGAGGUGCCAAAUGCUUGGAAGCUAUACAGAGAAAAUAUUCAGAAUGCUGUCGUUUACCUUAUACAGAGACUGCAAGCAGACUCUGAGUUUACAGAGCCAAUGGAAGAUAAAAGUGAUUGCUGUUUUGAAAGUUUUAGGACAUUUCUGCAGAGAAUGAUUGGAAAGAAAAAUGGUGCAGUUGUGAUACUUAUUGAUGACAAUAUGUAUUAUAGCAGUAUGAGAUACAAGUAUUAUCAGCUUACUAGGAAAUACAAGGUUGGGUUUUGUCAGGUACACAUCAAAUGUGACACUGAUUUGGCGUUGAUCAGAAACAGACAGCGUUCUUUGGGACAAGUCCCUGAGGAUGUCAUUCUCAAUAUGGCAGCCAGAUUUGAAGCCCCUGACCCAGAACAAAAUAGCUGGGAGAAGUACUCAAUCAAAAUAAACACCAAUGUGAGUUCAGAGGCAUUAGAGGAUUCAGCAAAUCAAGUGUUGGAGCUAAUGUCAAAAGCCUUAUCAGAUCCAUCUAUGCCGGUAAUGGAGGAACUGGAUCAAACUUCUAAAGAGAUAGACAGACAAAUCAGUAGUGAGAAUGUCAUUCACCAGGCUGACAUUGUUAUGAGAAAACUGAUAGCUGAGUACAUGUGUCAGGCCAGGGGUCAAAAUACAGACAAAAAUCACAUGAAGUCUCUAUCUUCCUGUUUAAGUUGCUGUAAAUCAGACAUUCUACAGGACCUGAAGAGAGGAAUGGUGUAUUUUAGUUCUGAUGAAGAGUUACUCGUCAAAAUAAGGGAUGUUUUUCAAGAAAAGCUUGGUGCUUAUGGUUUUGGAUGAUGUACCGGUACACACUUCUACAAAUCGAUUUUAGUAACCACUAAGUGAAAUACUGUGUAGUCCAGGACAAAAAUUUCCCAAGAGUGAAUCAAGGUACCUCAUGAUCAUGUGAAAAUGAGACAUUUGUUUUAUUGGGAUAUCCAGCAAGAUCAUUUAAUUUUUCAUUAAAUCAACACAAAUGUUCCAAGAUCAACACAAACAAAGGUUAUGUGCAAUAGUAGAUUUUAUUGUUGAAUCAAGUAUAUGUUCAAUGAUUAA